AUGACGACUCUCCGUGCUCCUGUCAUCUCUGUGACACACGGCGGCGGCCCCAUGCCGCUGCUUGGUGCCCCCACGCAAAAACAGCUGGCGCACUCGAUGCGCACGCGGGUCCCCCAGAUCCUGCGGACAGCCGAAGGAAGCGACGUGUCGAAGCGCCCCAGUGCUAUUGUCCUUGUUACGGCGCAUUGGGAGACCAAAAACGUCCACAUUAGCAGCAACAAGAAGCACUCGCUGCUUUUUGACUACUACGGCUUCCCCCCCGAGUCGUACAAGUACACGUACGAUGCGCCCGGCAGCCCUGAACUUGCCCAAAAGGUCCAGGAGCUCUUGAAAAAGAAGCAUAUUCCUAGUGAGCUCGACGACAAGCGCGGUUGGGACCAUGGCGUGUUUGUCCCCAUGCUUCUCAUCCACCCCAAGGCCGACAUUCCCAUUGUCCAAGUCUCGGUGCUUGCGUCCCAAGACCCUGCUGAGCUGUAUGCCCUCGGCGAGGCGCUUGCCCCCCUGCGCGAUGCCAACGUCGCGAUCGUUGGCUCGGGCUCGGCGAGUUUCCACAAUAUCCGCCUGAUGAUUUCUGGCUCGCAAGGCGAUGUCAUGUCGGAGCAGCGCCAGCGCCACUGGAACCAACAAGUGGACACUGCCGUGAUGCAGCCUGACUCGGCGAAACGCCGCGCGGCGCUGCUCCAGUGGCGCAACUGGGACUUUGCGUACGAGGCGCACCCCCGCAACGGGUCCGAGCACUUUUCUCCCCUGGUUGUGUGCGCCGGCGCGGCGGGCGACGAGGCAGGGAAAGCGUGGUCCGACCCUUUUGCGGAGUGGGAAAUGCGCACCUAUUACUGGGACUAG